UGUCGAAUGGUUUCGUUGCACCAGAACAGUUCCUUCAUAUGUUCCUUAAGUGUCACAUGUGUAAUAACGAGUUCGACGAAGGACAAAAGCACGCUCGUCUACUUCCGUGCAUGCACUCUCUUUGCUUCGAAUGCCUGAACAAGACCAAAGUCAAUGAUCAGCUGCAAUGUCCAACCUGCACUGUCACUCACUCCGUGAGUAACUUUGAUGAAACAUGUCCACGUGAUAACACAAGACGUGACCUGAUGGAUUUUGUCAAGGUCAAACAUUCGCUCAUUACUGUUUGCUGUAGUGUUUGUCCUUCGGAAAUUGCAACUAUUAGAUGUACGCAAUGUGCGGAGUUUCUGUGUGAUGACUGUCAAAAGGCACACAUGCGUGUUAGUGUGACUAGAAACCACAGCCUGUUUGAAUUAGCCGAGCUUAAGAAGUCCAACAACGUGGAAGCUUUUUGCCGACCAUUGAUGUGUAGCAAGCACCCGGAUACUGCUUUAAAUAACUAUUGCACUAAAACAACAUGCCGGAAACCUGUUUGUGUUAAUUGUGUCAUUGACAGUUGCAGAGAGGCCAACGAUCAUAAAAUUGAAAAUAUUGACAGCGUUGCAAAUGCAAAGAGGCAGCUUAUGAAAGAUCAGAUAUCCAAUGCCGAAGAUGUAAGUAAACAAAUACAAAGCAUAAUCAAUGAGAUUAAAGUUGAACAGAAUAAAAUGUUAAAUAUGGAGAAGUCAGUGGAGGAAGAGAUUGAUAAAACAUUUCGCAAUCUAGAGCGUAUUUUGUGGAAUAGGCAUGCAAAUUUAAAGAAGACCUUAAAAAGCAAUGUUUUGAGCAAACAGAGUCAUCUGAAAGCACAGGAAGACAAUUUAAGGAAACUGAAGUUAGAUAUUGAAGAGUCCAACAAGUUUGCAAACCAAACACUUUCUUCUCCCAGCGCACCAGCUCUUCUUCAGGUGUACCCGACAAUUCAGAAUAAAUUGAAUAAUCUUGCCACACAGUACUUUGAAUAGAAACCACACGAGAUGGCUACAUUUGGUUUCAACACCAAGGGUUUAAAUUCAGAAUUUCAGACCAAGCUCGUUGAGAUGGUCAAUGUAUGGUCUGUCUCAAUUUUUCCACCGAACUGCAGAGUUGAGCUUGGGGACUCACUUGAAGAAAAUACAUCAGCAACGUUUCACGUGAAACUAAGAGAUUUUCAAAAUCUGGCACCAUUUGAAGAGAUAAGAUUAAACGAAACCAAUAUGGAUGUAGUUGUUAAGGAUCCAAUAGGCAAUGAGACUAAAUGUUGGACAGAGAUGAAAAAAGGAAGCACCGACGAGCUGGAGGUCACCGUAAAACCAACUAUGACAGGGAGACAUUCCCUAGAGAUUAGAAUUCUUUACAGAGUGGUUGUCCACAAAGAGUUUGAGAGCAAACCAGUUGAGGUUGAAUGGAGCAAAGAGGAAGCAUCUUUUCAAAAUAGACGAACAUUAACGAAAAACUUCCCAACACCAAAGGAACCAGCACCACUUGGCACUCAAAAGCCAGACAUGACAUUUGACCAAGACAAGGCGCACAAAGAUGUGUUCGUUUCUGCUGACGGGAAGGUUUUCAAAAACAUCUCUGCUGGAGACCAAAAGGUAUUCGUACCAGGCAGCAGUCGUUUACAAAAAUACAAGGGUACUCUUAGUUUAAAAGGUAUACGAUAUCCUGGAAGAUAUUAUUACGCGAUCAAGAUGAACAUUAAAGUUAAAAAAACUCUGGAUAAAAGCAAUCUUGUCUACGAGCUCGGGAUCGCUAGAAAGUCCGUCAUCGGGAAACAUUUGGUUGUGGAGGGGUACAAAUUUGCCUGGUCAAUGAUCGGGGCCCACCAUGUGGAUUGUGAUGCUAUCUGUCUGCACAUUGCUCACAACAACCCCUUGCUCUACCAUGAGGUUCUAUUAAAGAACGAAACCGGAUGUAAUACUGAGAGAGAAUUUGGAUUCCUUCUAGACACCGAGUUUGGCCAAUGGAAAGUCUUCGAUCAUAAGCUCGAGAAGGAGAUGUGCGUCGUGGCGUCCGUUGAUUGCUCCAAGUUUUUAUAUCCUGUAGUUGCUGGCUUCAAUCCAAACUACGUGGAAGUUACCGCUUCCUUUAUGGACUUGUAACUUUAAUAAAAACUAAUGAACAGAAAACCCAAGUUUCUCUGAAUGUGAUAAAAAUAAACUGCAUAUUCAUGAAGAUUAAUUGAAUUAAUGUUAACUCUCAAAUUAUUUUUUGACCUUUAGUUAUAUUUCAUCAAGUGGUAUUUAUUAAAUGAAUAAUACGUGAAAUUAGUUCCUUAAACAAUUCUGUAUAUUCUUGAAUUACAAAUUUGCUUGAAUAUCUGUUGCUGUUAUCUAAGUUUUAUUUUACAUGACUGAAAUUAUAAGAGCUUGUUUUUCUUUUGUGUACGCAAUGUUAUUUAGAUUUUUAAAGAGAUAGAACCCUAGUAUGUUGAUAUUUGCACAAAUGUCUAGGAUUUUAAAAAUAGAACUUAUAAUAUUUAGGAUUAUUAUGGAAAGCUAAUAUUGUAUUGUUAUGAACAAUGAUCAUGUAAAAGGUUAUCGAACAUGUACAGUGUUUUAAUGCAAAUGCAAACGUUUGAAAUGCCAAAUCGAAA